AUGGUGUCGCGUUCGUUUUUCACGAUUUUGGUGGGCCUAUACUUGGCUGCACCUGGAGAUGCAACUGUUGGGCAGCAAGUCUCCGAUGCUUCUCAGGCUGGCGCACCGCUUUUCAAAAGUGAGACAGUGCAGCUGACAAACAAGUCGCUCUCGACUCUCAAUUCUAACCAAACUGCUCUGUUUGGCUUUGGCAAGAAUGUCUCGUACCCGUCUCUGCAUAAGGGCGAGUGUAGGUUAUUGCCGGGCGACAAAGAUUGGCCAUUAGACUCUGUUUGGGAACAGUUCGAUGAUUUUUUGGGUGGUGCGCUUAUCAAAACGGUACCCCUAGCGGCGGCCUGCUAUCCCUCGUGGCCGCAAUUUGAUAGCGACAGGUGCAAGAAUGUUACUAACGAUUGGACGGUUUCAUAUCUCCAUGUGGCUGAUCCUGCAUCUAUCAUGUGGCCCUUCUUUGAAGGCAGGUCCUGUUUGCCUACAGGGCUAAACACCUCGUCUUCCUGCACGAUUGGCGGAUACAGUAGCUAUGCCGUCAAUAUAAGCACCGUGGCCCAAGUACAACUUGCGGUGAACUUCGCUCGCAAUGCGAAUUUGAGACUUGUGGUUAAGAACACCGGUCAUGAUUUUAAUGGUAAGUCCACUGGUGCUGGUGGUCUUGGAAUCUGGACACACAAUCUCAAGGAGUUUGAAUACAUUGAGAAGUACAACAGUUCAAGCUACCAGGGCCCGGCUGUCAAAAUGGGCGCCGGUAUUCAAGCCUUUGAAGUCUAUGAAAAGGGUGAAGAGCUUGGGUUCACUGCCGUCGGUGGAGAGGGAAAAACCGUUGGUGUUGCUGGUGGCUAUGUUCUAGGUGGUGGCCAUUCCCCCAUGUCCAGUAUGUACGGUCUAGCCGCUGAUCAGGUUCUGGCCCUCGAGGUUGUCCUUGCCAGCGGUCGAUUCGUUACUGUGACUGAGGAAACCGACCCCGAUCUUUUCUGGGCAAUUCGUGGUGGCGGUGGUGGCACCUACGGAGUUGUCACCUCGGUGAUCUCGCGUGUGCAUCCAAAGGUUGGCGUCACAGUAUCGACCUUCAACUUCGCCACCAGCUCCAAUGUCUCAGUAGAUACAUUCUGGAUGGGAGUCUACUCAUACUUCCAACGAUUCCCCGCUCAUGCCGAUGCCGGCACAUACUCCUACUUCUGGAUAAUGAACACGGGGGAAAACUCCUUCAAGUUCCUCAUGAACCCAUUCUUUGCCGUGAAUCACACACUAGACGAGUUCAACACCUUGGUCAAGCCGUGGUUCGAUGACCUAAAAGCACUCGGUAUCCCCUUUACUCCCAACUCCACCUACCAUGACUCGUUCUACUCAGGCUGGGACGCCGGGUUCCCUCUCGAGACAAUCGGAAGCGUAUCCAUGAUGACAGGAAGCCGUCUCUUCCCUCGCGAGAACUGGCAAAAUUCGACAAAAUUCAACGCCACACUCGCUGCGAUUCGAUCUACCGUCAGCGCCGGAUAUCCACUGCUCGCCUUUAAUCUGAAGGCUGAGCUUCCAGCAGGCUAUCCAGAUGACUCUGCAAACCCGGCUUUCAGAGACACUCUCAUGCAUGCUAUAACCUCCACCAGCUGGGAGGCUAACGCGACCAAUGCGGAGAUUAAUUCCACAAUGAAUAAACUUACCUACGAUGCUUUGGGUAAGUGGCGGGGCGUUUGCCCUGAAUCUGGUGCCUAUAUGUCUGAGUCGGAUAUUUUGGAACCCAAUUUCCAGCAGGCAUUCUACGGUACCAACUAUGACCGUUUGUGCAAAUUGAAGCAGCGGUAUGAUCCAGCUUUCUUGUUCUAUGCUCCCACUGGUGUGGGUAGCGAGAAGUGGGAGGUGAGAAGUUUGGAUGGUCUCCCUGACCAGAAUGGACGUCUUUGUCGUAUUUAA